AUGUACAGCGUUGACACUGCUGUCGAGGGGCCCUCACCCUCAUCCUCACCCUCACCACAGAGCUUCUACAAUCAGGCACACCGCACGACCGCCGAGCUCAUCGACCGCUGCCCAUCUGACCUCCACCCAAUGGCCCAGCUCUCCAUCGCUGUCAACGCGCUCGAGCACAAGUCUGCUUUCUCCAAGGCAUACGCCAAGGGUAUCAAAAAGACGGAAUACUGGGAGCACACCUUCGAAGACAGCAUGGGCUUGACCACCGUGCCGUCAGUCGUUGGCUGGCUUCGGGCUCUGGCAGGAGUUCGGCAGACUGUACUACUGCUGCUGCGGCAGCUGUGA